AUGUCAGUGCUGUCACAAAUCGAAUUGUACUCGAGUCUCUAUGAGAAAUAUUAUGUUUUCUAUCCAGAGAUGCGAUCGAAAAGGCUAUCAGAGUUGGUCUCCUGGAUGAGCAGUGAUGACGACUCGCUGGAUGUCGACAUCACACUCUCACAUUCAAGAUCAGCUUCCUCAGCUCUUCCCCCAUCCCCUCCACCCACUUCCCGUCCUGUCACGUGGUUAGGUCGACUCCAAUCUAGAUUGGCCUUUUGUGCCCUCUGUGUCUUCUUAUUGGUCUUCGUCGUCACCGUUCUGGUGCUUCUCUCGUCGGCGCAACGAGCCGUUUCAGGGAAU